UUAUUAGAUCAUGGGAUAUUCCACAAUACCUUACCAGUUUCUGUAGAGAUAAUAAUGUGCAGCAUGAUGUAACAAACGAAUCAAUUAAAUUGGUCGAUACAAGUAUUUCAUCAUGGAAAGAAAUAAAAGAUUUUCCACCUAUAAUUUCGCCUCUUGCUUAUCAAUUACUUAUGAUCAUUAUACUUCUCAUAUCAAUCGCUUUAUCAUUUAAUCUUCCUACCACCAAAAUACACUUCUUUAUUCUUUAUGCAUUAGCUUUUCUCCAAAUUUUAAUCCCAAUGUUAUAUAACAGUAAAUAUCAUUGUUCACUUCAAGCAGCAAGCUCGGUUGUUAAUUUCGUAAUUGCUUGCAAACUUUUGAUAUGGUUAAAAAAAUGUCAUUCAUCCAACACACAAAAAUCUGAAUUCAAUUCAUUUUUUUCAACACUAUUUAUUUGGAGACCUGACGCAUUAAAGAUCAACAAACCAGGGAAAAGAUAUAUUGAUCAGAUUACUAUAAAAGAUUAUCUUGUUAAUCAGGGACAACAUUCAGUCAGCAAAAUUUCCAAAUCUCAAAGUCAAUCCAUACUAUCAUCAAAAAUACAAGAAUUUAAAGAGUGGCUGAUCCUUUUAUUAUUUUAUACAAAAGUUCCACUGAAUUUCCCUUUCAUAUCAACAAGUCCACGAGAUUUUUGGUCGAGGCGUUGGCAUGUUGUCCUUCGAGAAAUUUUUGUAGAUUUAGGUUAUGAUCCUGUUAAAAGUCUUUUUGGUAAGCAUAAAAAAUUUGUAAAGAUUUUUGGAACAUUGUCUGCUUUUUUUGUUAGUGGACUAUUACAUGAACAUAUAGUUUAUUGUAUGUGGGGUACAAGACCAGGUGAACAAAUGAUUUUCUUCUUGUCUCAUGGCCUUUUGCUUAUUCUUUGGGAAGUCGUUGAAGGUUUUUUGGUUGGAAAUGGAAUAGUCAUAAAUGAAGUAAAAGAUAGUUGGGGAAUAUGGUUAUUUAAACUGGUAUUAUUUAAUACUAUCGCUAUAUUUACUAUUCCUUUAUUUAUGGAACCUUAUCUUCGUAAAGAUUCUUUUGUUUGUAUGAUUCAGGUCGGAUUGUUUCACAAUCAAAUAGGAUUAAGUUAA